ACGGUUUUUGCGGUUUCAGAAUCGGUGGGGUUGGUGAUAAAAUAUAAGUCAUAAUUUUAAAAAUAGUUUUUAAUUGUGUGUAUUUUUAUAUUAUAUAACGGGGCCGAAACGUGUUUAAUUUUUUUUAUAUAGUACUUUACACUCUAUAGUUGUUUAAUGAGAAUAAAAUAUUUGUGUGAAUGAGGGUAAAAUUUAAAUUUUAAAAAGUUAGUCCUGUGAAAAGUGAUUUUAGUGAGAUUACAAGACGCUAUGAAAUUAUCAUUUAUAUAAAUCAAGGUGCUUCGAAUAUAAAUAUGGAGUCCCCAUUGAAAAAAGGCAGACCGCCCCAUCCUCGGGCGAGAGCAAACCCUUUAUCAGCUAUAACAUUUGCAUGGACCUUACCAAUAUUUUGGGGAGGCUUGAAGAAAGAAAUGGAUGAAAAUGAUUUAUAUGAGCCGUUAGAAGAACAUGCUUCAGGUCCACUGGGCGACAAAUUCGCGCGGUUAUGGGAAGAAGAGGUUGCCAGUGCGGGAGGGAAAAGAACUCCAAGCCUACUCAGGGUCAUACUAAAAGCGUAUGCUGCGCGAUGUAUGCUCUAUGGCUUUGUUCUACUGUUCAUGGAAUGUGGAAUACGUAUACAACAACCGCGUAUGCUCGGUUUCUUCAUCGCCUACUUCGGUCAGGAAUCUCAACUUUUUAUGCACAAUCGUCUGUUGGAACUCCAUAACCGAGUUGUAAGAGCGCAGGACAAUACUACACUUAAUUUAAACAUAGCGCAACCAGUGUUUCUAGGAAAACUGGUCGAGUACUACAGCCCUGAUCAGAAGACUGUGAAACCUACAGAGGCAUAUUUAUACGCCGGAGCGGUUGUUAUAUGUUCGGCGUUAAACGUCUUCGUAGUACAUCCGUACAUGAUGGCCAUUCUACAUAUGGGCAUGAAAUUCAGGGUCGCCUGCUGUUCUCUUAUUUAUAGAAAGUCGCUACGGCUUUCGAAGACAGCACUCGGCGAGACGACCAUAGGUCAAGUGGUGAACCUCCUUUCCAACGAUGUGAACCGCUUUGACGUUGCGAUCAUCUUCCUGCACUAUCUAUGGAUCGGGCCGCUAGCUACUGUGAUCAUUACGUAUUUCAUGUGGCUGGAGAUCAACUGGGCGGCGAUAGUUGGUGUGGGAUUCAUGCUUGCGUUCAUACCGCUGCAAGCUUAUUUGGGAAAACGUACAUCAGUACUGCGUCUCAAAACAGCGCUGCGAACGGACGAGCGCGUGCGACUGAUGAACGAAAUAUUAUCCGGAAUUCAGGUCAUCAAGAUGUACACUUGGGAGAAACCCUUCGCAGAUCUCGUGGCCAAAGCUAGAAAACAAGAAAUAAAGCAAAUAAGGGCGACUUCAUACAUCCGCGGUGUGCUCACAUCUUUCAUCAUGUUCACGACCCGUAUCUGCCUGUUCUUCUCGAUCCUGGCGUUCGUCCUUGAGAACAACGUGAUUAGCGCCAAGCAAGUGUUCGUUGUGACGAGCUUUUAUAAUAUACUGAGACAGACCAUGACCGUGUUCUUCCCGCAAGGUAUAGCCCAAGUCGCUGAAGCUACCAUAUCGAUAAAACGACUACAAAAUUUCAUGUUAUACGAGGACACAAGUAAACCAGUACCAGGUUUAGCGGAAAUUCAAACAUCCUCCAAAAAAGGAAAGGAAGAAUCUCUAGCAAAGGAUAUUCCACCUUCACCAGUCAAAGCCGAUAUGGAAAAGAAAAAGGAAGCCGAUUCAAAACAAUCGUUAGAAACUCCUCCGGAAACUAAAAAGGCCCAUGAAGCUAAAGGCAAUGGUAAUUUAGAAGCGCCACUAGAAUCAGGUGAAGAAGACAAUGAAGAGUUGGCAACAAGAGUUGAAGAAGACGCGAGAGGAGUAAGACUGAAACAUGCCACCGCUAAAUGGAUAGUUUCGCACGCUGAAAACACGCUCACUGAUAUGUCGCUCACUAUCAAACCUGGCAAGUUAAUAGCAGUAAUAGGACCGGUGGGUGCGGGCAAGUCAUCCCUUUUGCACGUACUGUUGCGUGAGUUGCCUCUCGUCUCUGGCUCUGUGCACAUCGGUGGAACUGUAUCGUAUGCUAGUCAGGAGCCUUGGUUGUUUGCGGGUAGCGUCCGUCAGAACAUCUUAUUCGGUCAGCCAAUGGACCGCCCGCGAUACAACGCGGUGGUGAGACGCUGUGCUCUAGACCGCGACUUUACGCUGUUCCCACAUGGUGAUAAGACUGUGGUCGGUGAACGGGGUGUUAGUCUUAGUGGAGGUCAACGUGCCCGCAUCUCACUCGCGCGCGCAGUAUACAAACGCGCAGACAUAUACCUACUGGAUGAUCCUCUAUCUGCUGUGGACGCACACGUGGGCCGGCAUCUCUUCGAGUCGUGCGUGGUCGGAUACCUGCGGAACACCACUCGGGUGCUGGUCACCCACCAGCUGCAGUUCUUGAAGGAUGUUGAUCAGAUAAUAAUAUUAAAGAACGGUGCAAUAGCAGCGGCCGGAGACUUCGAAACGCUGAGCGCGUCGGGUCUGGACUUCGCGACGUUACUCGCGAGGGACGAGCAAGAGGACGAGAAGCCCGUUGCCGAGGAAAAGUCCAAUAUGGACCUGGAUGAGUCUGUGCUGCAGGGCAGUUUCAGAAAACGCCAGAUGAGCAUACAUUCCGUGAGUUCGGUAGACAACUUGACAGCAACAGCGCCGCCAGAGGGCGGGCGUGAAGAAGCAGAAAUGCGUUCAGCCGGCGCAGUAUCGAGUGCAGUAUACGGCGCCUACUUGCGGGCUAGUGGACACCCACUGCUCGUCACGCUAAUGGCGCUAGUGGCGGUACUAGCCCAGUUGCUCGGUUCCGGCUCCGAUUGGUGGACUAGCUACUGGGUCAAUCAAGAGGAACGUCAUCCACGUACACUGCUACAGAACCUCGAUACAAACGACACCAAUGCUAUGGAUGUGUCAUCUAACUUUACGAAUGCGCUCGUUGAUAACGCACACUUUGAUUCUGGCCUCACAAGAUACGAUUGUAUUUAUAUUUACACAAGCAUGGUGGUGGCGCUAGUUGUGAUUUCCCUACUCCGUUCGUUCAUAUUCUUCUCCAUGGCGAUGAGAGCAUCUACCCGUCUCCACAACAACAUGUUCGCGUCCAUCACACGUGCACCAAUGAGAUUCUUCCACACGAACCCGUCAGGCCGGAUCCUGAACAGAUUCUCUAAGGAUAUGGGUGCGGUGGAUGAAGUGCUGCCGUCUGCUUUAUUGGAUGUACUGCAAAUCGGGCUGUCGCUGAUCGGUAUCGUGAUAGUGGUGGCGAUAGUGAACUACUGGCUGCUGCUGCCGACGCUGGCCAUCGGGCUGGUGUUCUACGGGCUAAGGAUAUUCUACAUCGCCUCGUCGCGCAGCAUCAAGCGCCUCGAGGGUGUGACACGUAGUCCAGUAUUUUCCCAUCUCAACGCCUCCCUACAAGGCAUUACCACGAUACGUGCGUUUGGCGCUCAAGAGGCUCUUAUAAAGGAGUUUGAUAACCACCAGGAUCUGCACAGCUCUGCUUGGUACAUGUUUAUCGCGAGCUCACGUGCUUUCGGCUUCUGGCUGGACUUGGUGUGCGUCAUUUACAUUGCUGUGGUCACCCUAAGCUUCUUAGUUUUCGGAAAUGAGGAAUACGGAGGCAACGUGGGUCUGGCUAUCACUCAGGCGAUGGGUCUCACCGGCAUGUUCCAGUGGGGCAUGCGGCAGUCCACCGAACUGGAGAACCAGAUGACGAGCGUUGAAAGAAUACAAGAGUACUCCUCCAUCGAGCCAGAACCUCCGCUCGAGUCUCCCCCGAACAAGAAGCCGCCGCCAUCUUGGCCGUCUGCCGGGCGCGUGCAGUUCCGCCGCGUGCGCCUGUACUACGCGCCCGGCGAGCCGCCCGUACUGCGCGACCUGACGCUGGAGGUGCAGCCGCGGGAGAAGGUCGGGAUCGUGGGGAGAACGGGCGCGGGGAAGUCGUCGCUGAUUAACGCGCUGUUUAGACUGGCAACAAUCGAAGGGGAGAUCAUAAUAGACGGUCGGGAAACCUCCGAGCUGGGGCUGCACGAACUGCGCAGUCAGAUCUCGAUCAUCCCGCAGGAGCCCGUGCUGUUCUCGGGCACUAUGAGACAUAACCUCGACCCCUUCGAUGAGUACCCGGAUCAAGUGCUGUGGAGGGCGUUGGAAGAGGUGGAACUAAAAGAAGCGGUAAUGGAACUGCCAGCGGGUCUGAACUCGCGCAUGUCGGAGGGCGGCGGCAACUUCUCGGUGGGCCAGCGGCAGCUCGUGUGCCUCGCGCGCGCCAUCGUGCGCCGCAACCGCCUGCUCGUGCUCGACGAGGCCACCGCCAACGUCGACCCGCAAACGGACGCACUUAUUCAGACGACAAUCCGCAACAAAUUCGCCGACUGCACCGUGCUCACGAUCGCGCAUCGACUACACACUGUCAUGGAUUCGGAUAAAGUGCUUGUAAUGGACGCGGGUCAGAUGGUGGAAUUCGACCACCCGCAUAUACUCCUGCAGAAGCCAGACGGUGUGUUGCGCGGAAUGGUGGAGCAGACCGGACGAUCUAUGGCCGAGAUAUUGGCUAAGGUCGCCUCGCAGGCGUAUAACAAGAAAUACCCACAAGCAACAGAGGCAACGGAGUGAAGAUCACUCGCCGUUCGUUCCUAUACUUACGCGUAGUUUAUUUUAGUCAAUUCGGCGUUUCGCUGAACACAUGUUAGUUACGAAAUUACAUACGUCCUGUAUCAGGGACCAACGAUCUCUGGUUGUUCUUAAGCGAGAUUGUAUGUUGAACAUAAUUUAUUUUCUUUGUAGAUUGCAUGUCGAGAAAGCGCGUUUUUUUCUUUGUUAUCAUUUAUUUGGCUAAAUAUAUCCAGUGAUUUAUAUGAUACAUUGAAGUGAAGAGCACGAUUGGUUGAUUGUUUUUAUGAUAGAUACAAAAUAUGAGAAACUUUUUCAAUAUUUAUGUGUCAUAUAAAAGACUGCGUACAAUGAGCAUUGGUAUCGAACGUUAAAGGCAAUUUUUACCCAGUAAACUAUUUCUUAGCUCUUCUCAAUUUUAUUCAGUAACCGUAAAUAUUAUUCUUUUCUUUGCAUUGAAAGAAAUGAACUUAUGUUUUAAUGCCUUGACUGCCACAAUGAUAGCAUUCUUACAAUUCUUAUCUGAACUUUUGUCUUUGAAGCUUUUUCCCUCAGUUAAUGCGUUUUCUCGAUUUGCAAUAAAUUUACAAACUACUAUUAAUUAAGUAUAGCAUGUAUUUUCAAAUGUGUGUCCUGUACAAGCGACAGGUUUUAGUUUUAUAUAUUAACGUUUACUUAAAUUAUUAUAAUUGUAAUUGAAUUCAAAUGACUGCCUACUUUCUCAUAACAAUCGAAUACUUAUUGAAAUAAUUUAUUAAAGCUCAAAUAUAAGCUAGCCCAAUUUUGAUAUAACGCAUUGUAUCAGCCUUGUAUUGGGUAGCUAGUACGUUUAAGUACUUAAUUUUUAAGUAGUUUCUAUUCAAUCUGGUUUUAUCGUGGAUUUAUUUAAUUUGAUGUACUUAGAAUAAUUAUUUUCUUUUUCUUCUGAAAUAAUGUGAAUCUUAGUUACCAACCCACUUAAUAUGUAAGAUCAAUUUUAGCUUACAUUAUUAUGGUGCGAAUUUUUUUCUCGAAUAUUUUGAAAAUUGAAUUGUGUGAUGUGUAUUUCAAUGUUAAAUAUAUACAGUGCCUGCUAAUUAUGAAUCUAUUUUAAUAAGAUCUUGUUUGUUGAAUGUUGUAAUAAAAAAUACAUUUGCAA